GCAAGCAACUGCCGUCUCCACGCCGUGAAAGUAGAGAGAAUAAUGCCAAGGAUGUUCUUCUCUGCCAGUCAGAAGGAAAUGAAAGGAACUAAUCAUUCUCUUCUAGAGGACAAAACACAAAAAAGGCGGCCAAAGACCUUUGGAAUGGACAUGAAAGCAUAUCUGAGGUCUCUGAUCCCACAUCUGGAAUCUGGACUGAAGCCUUCCACGUCCAGAGACAUACUUUCUGCUGAUGAAGUAGUACAAUGGUCACAAUCUCUGGACAAACUGCUCGCUAAUCAAACUGGUCAAGAUGUCUUUGGAAAUUUUCUUAAAUCUGAAUUCAGUGAAGAGAAUAUUGAAUUCUGGUUGGCUUGUGAAGACUAUAAAAAAACGGAAUCUGACCUUUUGCAUUGCAAGGCAGAAAAAAUCUAUAAAGCAUUUGUGCAUUCAGAUGCUACCAAACAAAUCAAUAUUGACUUCCGCACUCGAGAAUCAACAGCCAAGAAGAUUAAAGCACCAACCCUCACCUCUUUUGAUGAAGCCCAAAAACUCAUAUACACUCUUAUGGAAAAGGACUCUUAUCCCAGGUUCCUUAAAUCAGAUAUUUACUUAAAUCUUCUGAAUGAACUUCAGGCAAAUAGCCUAAAGUGACCUUUUUCUGGAUGGAGGGAACUAGAGGUAAUAGCAAGUGCAUUGGGAAUGUGCCAUGACGACUCCCUGGGCAAACAGUAUGGCCUUUUGGGGUGGCUGAGCAGAACAGUCUAAGAGGAAAUGAUUCAGAAUGGAUAAACACGGACACCAUCCAGCUACAGGAUUGAAGAAGCAUAAGUAAUAAAAUCGAGAAACAGCAGAAGAAGAAACAGCAGAGAUAUAAUGGCAUUAUCCUAGAAUGGAGCGGGCCUACCUAUCAGAACAUCCCUCAGAACUAAGAAGGCCAAGGAACGCCAUUUGCACAGACACCGUGCAUACAAAUUUUGAAACAAAUGAACAUACUAUAAGCUUUGGAGUUGGCCGAUAUCCACACUGCACAUGUUACUAUGGACAGAUUGUAUUAAGCUAAUGAAAUCUCUUUAACUUAUUGAAUGGCUGUUUUAAAAGUAGGCUUUGAGAUGACCAUUUCUAUUAUUGACCCAAAGUUUUUUUCUACUAUGGUUUAUUGACUUGAAAAUGAUGAAGAAGAGAACAACGAGUUUAAAUUAAGCUGGAAAAUGAGAAUAUAUCUGUAAAUUAAUUUAUCAUUGUAAUAAUAAAUGUGAAUUUUGUAUUAAAAUACACAGAAACAAUUCACUGUCACUGUCACUGUCAUCCCGUUGCUCAUCAAUUUGCUCAAGCAGGCACCAGUAACGUCUCCAUUGUGAGACUUGUUACUGUUUUUGGCAUAUCGAAUAUGACAUGGGUAGUUUGCCAGACUCUGCCAUGCGGGCGGGAUACUCUAGGUAGCUUGCUGGGCUCUCCAAGAGGGGCAGAGGAAUCAAACCCGGGUCGGUCGCAUGUAAGGCAAAUGCCCUACCUGCUGUGCUACUCUUUGUAUUUCCUUGCUAUUUCAAAAAUCCAGCAUAGAUCUUUUAUUUUAUGUCACUCCAAUAAUUAAAAUCACAGGAACUAGAGGUAGAUAAGGUACUUUCCUUACACAGGGCUAAUCAGGCUUUUAUUCCCAGCACCACCAUAUAUGGUUGCCUGAGCCCUGCCAAGUGUAGUUCCUAAGCAUGGCUAGAGCAAUGACUGGAUAUGGCCAAGCACCACUGGAUAUGAACAAGAAAAAAACGAAGGUCCACCAUCUAAUUAAUAAUAUAUUUUAUAUGUUGUGUUAUAAGUUGGACAGAAUUCAUUAUCUAUUAUAACUGUGUAUAAAAAUCAAACUGAUUUCAUAUUUCAAACCAAUAGAAGACUGAAAAGAUAUUUCAAGAAGUAAUCUAACAGCUGAUAUUUUAUUGUGAUUCAAAGUUUAUAAAAUUCAUGUGUCUUUUUCCAUUGUUAAUAGCAAUUCUAUGACA